CGCAGGUUAUCUGAACAUGAACAGAGGGGCUGUGAUUUUGAUUCACCCAUUGAGCAGGAACCCUUUUUAAAAUCUCCACAUCAUGAUGGGCCAGUACCAGAGGGCCUUUUGGAAAAUAUCAGUCAGUUCAAGCAGUUGAUAGCCGAUGGUGUCACUCUAAAAACAUCAAGUAAAGAUGACUGCAUUGUCAUUGACGGGAACGUUGUUUCUGUGCAAAACAUAGUUAGUCAUGAAGACAAAGUGUAUGCCAUGUACCAGGAGUAUAGAGUCAAAGAAGCACUUUACAGUUACCCACUCGACUCAAGGGAACUGGGAAUAUACAUCGUCUCUCAUUUGUCUCCUGUGAUGCACUGUGUAGAGAUGGUUAAGCCUGUGCAAAAGUGUGUGCGGUUGCCCUUGGGAGACAAGUUUGCAGUGUUCCCUCUUCCUCACACAAAUUAAUCUGAAGCACUUGUCUAGUCUUUGUACAAAGUGUAUUAUAGUUGAUCGUUGUAGCAUCCUUUUAUUUAUAAUAUCUUUAGAGUUUUACUGGCUAAUCAGUUUACUUUUUUAUCAGGAGAUGUUUCUCAUUGUUAUUUUUGAAUCUACUAAUGAAGUGGAAGUAGUCCCUGACAUUUGGGUGAAAAAUAACACCUGUUUGUGGCCACCGUACAAACGUGAAGAAACUGUAAAAGCAGUGAAAUCACAGGAACCACCUGGAGCACGUUGGAUUCCCUACAAAGUAUGCAUCAUAUUAAGCAAAGUUACAUAUGAAGAAGCAAGACUCAAACUGCCAGAGGCUGAACGAUUCACAGAUUUGACAGAUUCAGAAGACUCUCCACUCAAACGUAGACGGAGAAGAAUGAAGAAGAAUGUAGUCCUUGAAGAGGAAGACAGUGAAAGUGAGAGGCAGCAAGCAUCCACACUACCCAGCCCUCCCAAAAUGGCUUCUGCAAAGAAGCGGCCUUAUUCACUCUCCCUGCUUUCACAGUCGUCUCCUACAGCCGUCAACGUAGGAUGCUCAGGCAAUGAAAGGACUGCUGUCAGUGAAUUGUGCUCCGAAAGAAGGUGCAACAUAACACCUACCCCACUGUCAAGAAUUAGAGAGGAUGUUGAUUCUCUCAGUGGAGGAAACAUCACACCAUCCCAGGUCAGAACUGACCAUUCCGGCAUAUCUGUGAUACGAACCAUCCUGACCAAUCAAGAAGUCAUCAAAGAUCAGAUGGGCAUUUUGGUGAAGCUAGUUCAUCAGUUAAAGGGGACUGCAGAAGAGAGCCCAUCUCUACCACCGGAAACCCUUCCGGUUGCAACCCUUCAAGAGCUUCUGGUUUUGGAGGGAAAGCUGCUUGAUCAAGAAUUCAAGAAAACUCUGACGAUUACCUUGGCACAAAGAGGAGGUACAGCCGUUAAGGACACUGUUUGGAGAAUGAUGGGAUACCUCUUGACCAAUGAACUUGCCAGACAGAUGAAUUGGAAAGGAGCCAAUGGCAAGGCAGCCUUCAAGAACCUUAUUCUAAGAGGGAUAAUCAAUGAGGCUGUACGAAGAAACCGACUUACAGCAACAACAACAGAUCAAGAAACUGAACUGUGGAUUAAAAGGUGGCUCCAUCUUGCUGGAGACAGAGAUGGAGGACGCCGUGCCAGGCAGCGAACUGAUAACUGAUGUAACCGAGACAGUCUACUUGUUGAGAACAAUGCUAUAGUUCAGCAUACUUUCAGCUACAUUAAUUGUUGUGACAAAUUUAAAGUUUAAUUUGUUUUGUUAACUUUGUUCAAUGUGGCUUAGUUUUAUUCUGUUUUCAGCCAUUAUAAUGGGUGUUUUUUGCAUUGGAGCAACCAUCAAAAAAUAUAUUUAACGCUAGGCAGAGGUGCUGUCAUUUCGUGAACACAAGUUGAUUGUGACAGAGGACAUUAGACACUAUUUUUUCCCAAAACUUACAAGGGGGAAUGCAAACGUUGUUCCACAGGAGCUCACGGACUGCAGAUGUGCCCACAGGCAUUUUUUGUUUAUUGGCCCAUUCAGAAAAUCUAACAUUUUCUAUUUAGCUAACUGUUCAUUCAUUUUAAUAAAUGGAAAUGAAUAACAAAAGCAGUCAUUGUUUGUUACUAGAACUGCUCUAUUACAAGGUGGAUUGAGUAUCAGAAAGAGGUUUGAGUGUUGUGAGAUGGUAAUGCAAAAUAGUUAUUGGUCCUUACCUGAUUGUGGUCCUGUGUGGACCUGUGUGUCCUGGUCUAUACAUAAUUGAUGUCCAUUUUCUAGGUUCUGAGCUGAUUUCCCCUGACACAUGGCUGGUACAUAACUGACAUACGGCUCAUGUAAGUUAAGGGUGUGAUUAAUUCCUCUGGCCCAUACCUGGCCCGCAGCAUAGGUGACGGGAUGGUAUGGCCCUGAUCUGGCACACAUCUGGCCCUUUAGAUGCCUGACAUCUGGCACAUUUAAGGGGAAGCUGUGAUUAAGUCUUUUGGCCCAUACCUGGCCCGCAUCUGGCCGGUAACAUAGGUGAGAAUAUGGUAUGGCUCUGAUCUGGCACACAUCUGGCACAUUGAAGGUGAAGUGAUUUAUUCCUUUGACCCAUGUAAGGUGAAAAUUAUGGUACAUUUUAUUUGGCCCAGAUUUGGUCCACAUCACACCAGACAUCUGGCCCAUAUAGGGUGAAACUGUGGCCGAGUUAAGGCAGCCACACUCACCCUGAGUCAACGCCGUAAGUCAAGGCCAAAUGUGGGCCAUAACAGAAUUUCAGAUGUGGCCCAUAUAAGGUGGAUUUGUGGCUGAGUUAAGGCAGCCACACUCACCCUGAGUCAACGCCGUCAGUCAAGGCCAAAUGUGGGCCAUAAGAAAGAUGCAAAUAUGGGCCAAAUUUGGGCUGAAUAUUUAUUGCUAU